CAUUAUAAGUGGCCGCAAGGGCGAGUGUGAAUCGGAGAAGCGGCGGCGCGAGGCUGAGCCCGGGCGCGAGCGGGCAGCGCCAUGGAGCUAACGGCCCCUCCGCGGCCAGGCUGGGUCUUUCUCUCGCUGGCGGCCGCGGCGCUGCUGCUCCCGGGGGCGGCGGCAUUACAGUGUUUCUGCCAUCUAUGUACAAAAGAAAACUUCACAUGUGAGACUGAUGGGCUCUGCUUUGCUUCAGUAACACGAACUCAAGACAAAGUCAUACAUAAUACCAUGUGCAUAAAAGAGGAGGAACUGAUUCCACGAGACAGGCCAUUUGUUUGUGCCCCAUCAUCCAGUAAUGGUGUUGUUACUGUGCCUCAUUGCUGCAUGGUAGACUACUGCAAUAAAAUAGAACUUCAAAUUCCAACGCCAGGCCCUACUUUAGGAGAAUCCACUUCUAAUCUAGGACCUGUGGAACUGGCAGCUAUUAUUGCUGGACCAGUCUGCUUUGUUUGCAUUUCACUAAUGUUGAUUCUCUAUAUCUGCCAUAAUCGUACUGUCAUUCAUCAUCGUGUACCAAGUGAAGAAGAUCCCUCGUUGGAUCGUCCUUUUAUAUCAGAAGGAACUACUUUAAAAGAUUUAAUUUAUGAUAUGACUACUUCAGGCUCUGGGUCAGGUCUACCUUUACUUGUUCAGAGAACAAUUGCAAGGACUAUUGUACUUCAAGAAAGCAUUGGGAAAGGUCGCUUUGGAGAAGUCUGGCGAGGGAAAUGGAGAGGAGAAGAAGUUGCAGUAAAGAUCUUCUCUUCAAGAGAAGAACGUUCAUGGUUCCGUGAGGCAGAAAUUUAUCAAACUGUUAUGCUACGCCAUGAAAAUAUUCUUGGAUUUAUAGCAGCAGACAAUAAAGACAAUGGUACAUGGACUCAGCUCUGGUUGGUGUCAGAUUAUCAUGAACAUGGAUCGCUCUUUGAUUACCUAAAUCGGUACACAGUUACUGUGGAAGGAAUGAUAAAGCUUGCUUUGUCUACUGCUAGUGGACUUGCACAUCUUCACAUGGAGAUUGUUGGCACACAAGGAAAACCAGCCAUUGCUCAUAGAGACUUGAAAUCAAAAAAUAUAUUGGUAAAAAAGAAUGGGACAUGCUGUAUUGCAGAUUUAGGAUUAGCAGUAAGACAUGAUUCAGCUACAGACACAAUUGAUAUUGCCCCAAACCACAGAGUGGGAACAAAAAGAUACAUGGCUCCUGAGGUCCUAGAUGAUUCCAUAAAUAUGAAACAUUUUGAGUCAUUCAAGCGAGCUGACAUCUAUGCGAUGGGAUUAGUCUUCUGGGAAAUAGCACGGCGAUGUUCAAUUGGCGGGAUACAUGAAGACUAUCAGUUACCGUACUAUGACCUAGUCCCUUCAGAUCCUUCAGUUGAAGAAAUGAGGAAAGUUGUUUGUGAGCAGAAGCUGAGACCCAAUAUUCCAAAUAGAUGGCAAAGUUGUGAGGCAUUACGAGUAAUGGCCAAAAUUAUGCGUGAAUGUUGGUAUGCUAAUGGAGCAGCAAGGCUAACAGCUUUACGCAUUAAGAAAACAUUAUCACAGCUCAGUCAACAGGAGGGCAUAAAAAUGUAAUCCUGGAUUUACUACUGAAGUGCACUUGAAAGAUCCAUAUCUGAACCUGGAUGGCAUGUACAGAAGGUUAUUAGCUCUACCUCACCGAGGGAACAGAAGGAUAUUGCCGCCUUUUGAUAUUUUAUAGGAACAUCAGUUACUAGCCCCAGGAUUUCUGUGAACGUGAUACAGGUGAUUGGGUCUUUUUUGUGCACUAUGAACACUUCUUUCCCAGGACACUUACAAAACAUUGUGUAGUCUAGCUUUAUUUUUAUUAACAUGUAACUAUUUUAAAAGUUGAUUACUGGUCUUAACUUUCAUUAACUGUGCUGAAGACAUGAAGAUGGUUUUUAAGGUAUUGGAGCUGGUUCACAAAAUUGCAUACAAUGCAUUGAGGGGUCUUAAGUGAUUUUUAUUAGUGGUUGGUACAACUGAGUAUUCUGAACCCCACUGCAAGCUUUUUCUUUUAUUCAGGUUUUGAAUGUACUAUUGCAGUAUAACUUUCUAGAUAUUAAGCUUACAUCUAUUGGACACCUACCUUGAUUUACAAAAAUGACCUCAUUCAGUUGUGGGGAACAUAAUUUAUGCAACUAUAUUUUGUACGCUGUUGUGCUUUCACUUAUUCAGCACAUUGCAUUGCCUUCAACAUAGAUUGUACUAUACCAGUAAGUGCCACUUCGGAGUCUUUCUAAUGCAAAUCACUAUGAACAUACAAAGUUUAUGGUACUUAUCAUUUCAAAACUGAAUUCAAAAAUUGAAUUAUUCCUUAGCUUAAUGACCUAAUUAGCACUCUAUUUGGCAUGUAGCAACAUUAUUCUUGGAAUAUCUUUCUUUCAGCAAGAUCUGAUUCUUAAACCACUGUAGGAAUUUAAAUGGUAUGCAAGUUAUCUAAUUCAGUGUUAUGUUUUUUAACUGUGCAUCAUAUGUAUAAGUUCUAAUAACAUCUAAGAAUUUUUAAUUAAGUGGCAUUUUAUUAAAAUGUUUGUCAUACUCUUGUCUAAACUAGCAAGAGGACUAAAGGUUUUUAAGAUAAAAGUUUUACUCUUUGCAUUCUACACUUGCAAGAAAUCUAUUUUUCAGUUUCUCAGUCUUUCCUUUUUUCUUCUCCUUGAACAGUAUUAUUUGAAAAGACAAGAAUUAACUUAAUCUGUAAUUAAAGAUGAUUAUUUGUAAUAUUUGGGCUUGUUUUAAUUAAGAAGCUAAAAGCUGCUCUCAAAUUAUGCGUGCAUAUGCUAUGUGUAUCUUACAUACACAAAGUAGUAAGCUUAAAGACUUUGGAUACACACCCAUAGAGUUCUGGUGUCCUUGUUAUAAUUGCAAGAACAAAGAGUUUGUGUUGUCAUUAGAACUCUGGGGAAAAAAUGUGCACAGAUUUACUCAACCUUCACAUCUCAAACAAGUAUAUCUUUUCACAGGAUUUUAACAAACUCUUAAGAUACAGGCUGUAUCCCUUUCUGUCUGAAUGUCUCUUAAAAUUGUUAAACACAUGAAAUAUAAAAAAAUCCAGGAAUCAUCUUUGCCCUGAAACUAGGUUUUUAACAAUUACAAAUAUCUGCUUGAGUAGCAGGUAUUUGUUUGCUGUUGACUUUACUAAUGCAUAAAAAAGGGUGAAUUGAUAUAUUGCCCAAUUUUAAUGAAGAUUAUUAUGAAGACAUAUACAGGUGAAUGAUAUCCUAAAAUGCAUAAUAGCAAUAUUGUGAAUAAGCCUAUGUGUAUUUUGGGUUCAGAUGACAUCACAAAUAGUUUGUUCUUGUGCUUACAAUCUGAACACCUUUUAUUAAAUGGGUGUGUCCGGAUAUUAUAUUUUAUGUUACUUGUGUAAAAAUUGCAUAUGUGCACACAGACACAUUAAUAUUUUUUAAAAUUAAACUUGUAAAUCAUCAGAUCUGCUCUUGGAAAUCCAGGGGGACCAAACUAUUUUAGCAUUCAAAAUAUUAAUUUUAUAUCAUCUCAAGGAUAUACCAAAACAAUUUGAUAUGAGAAAUACUGAUGCAAAUGUUUAUUGUAAAUAAACAUACACACUACAUGCAUUUCUUCAAGGUUCAUGUAUGUUAUUAAAUUGACAAUUUAGUAGCACUAAAGCCUCACUUCAGAUUAUAGGCAUGGCCAGAUGGUUAUGGACAUACAUAAGAAGGAUUGUUGGGAAUGGACUAGUACUGAAAAGACUCGCAUCCUUUUUUGGAUGCUGGAAUUCUUCAGGGACUCUCCAACCUUGAAAGCUGGAAUUCUGGGAUAUUUUAGAAGCAAUUUAUUCAGCGCUCACAUUCUUUUGCCCCCAAACUAAAUUACAUUCACUUGUAAUCCUAAUGAGGACUUUGUAUAUAGGGAUAAUAACAUUGGGAUUGACUCUGUGGGGACAUUAAGCUAUCAAGUGAAGUAAGAGGCUAUUUUUUUAUUUUAUUUUUUUUACAAAAUAAUUGUGAGUUGAGUGCCAUGAAAUCUCCUUAAGUUAGCUCCUUGUUUAUAGUGUGCCAUAGAAAUGGUUACAAAGGUGUUGACAUUAUUUUACAUGUAAAAGAAAAGAUUCAAUGUCAGUUGCUUUAAACUUAAAUUACCUCUUAAAAGACCAAGGUACAUUUACCUCAUUGUGUAUAUAAUGUUUAAUAUUUUUCACAACAUUCUCCAAGUUUGCAAUUACAUGUUUCUAGAAAAUAUAGGUAUUGCUAAAUUUACAACUUCAGUGGUACUAACUAUUGUUUCUUGUGUCCAAAAUACACACUUUAUUUUCUGUAUUUUUAUUGUAUUUCUGUAAGUUUGUUGCUGCUUGUUAAUGUAGCAUCUGCCCUUCUGGAGCUGUGUGGAAUAAUGCUUUGUAUAAAUUCUGCAUUUUGGGUGAUAAAACUUGAGAAUCCUGUACAGAUGAGUUUGAUGUUUUUUUAAACGUUACAAAAUUGUGCAUUUCCCUUACAUUUCUGAAAACUAUGUAUUGUAUUGGUAGCGUAUACAGUACAAUGGAUUGUAAAUAGGAAAGUAGAAGAGUGAUGCUUAUGUUAAGUGCUAACACUACAGUAGAAAGAUUCAAGUAAUGAAAAUAAACUACUUUUUUCAAAGUA